GGACCUGAGGAGGACGUGUUCAUCCGCCCGCCAUUUUGGAUUACUUUGUUUGGUUACGAUCACAGUUUUGUUGGCUGCAGUAUUUUCUCCAGGGAUUUAAAUGGAUUUAAAAGGACUUUUCAUUCUGGAGUAAAGUUUACAUCACCACAGUGAACUGUCAGCAGCCUGUUAAACCUGAGGACCACCUGAACAACCGCAAUGCUUCAUCCAACUGGGCCUGUUUAAUGAGGAGCAGGCAAUGUGGUGGGAAGGACUGGAAAACCUACAGCUGGAGGAAGAUUGAGAGAAACAAGACACUUCCUACAAGUGGAUCUCAGAGGACACUGACAGACAUCAUAUUUGAUCAACAGAUAUCAACAAGUUCCAUAAGCGUCAUGAGUCAGUUCCUCCAAACAGCAGAACUCCUUCUACCACUAAGAGGAAGGAGAUGAACGUCAAGAGGAGUCACUCGAUCAGAGAGAGGACAUCUACAACAUUGUGUAGAAUUCGUCGCCAUGAACUCGUACCACGUCCUGGAGCUGGUGGGUGAGGGCUCGUUUGGUCGAGUGUACAGAGGGAGGAAGAAAUACACGGGUCAGGUGGUGGCUCUGAAGUUCAUGCCGAAGGUGGGCCGAUCUGAGAAGGAGCUGCGAAGCCUGAAGAGAGAGAUCGAGAUCAUGAGAGAUCUGCAGCAUCCAAACAUCGUCCGGCUCUAUGACAGCUUCGAGACUGACACUGAGGUUGUGGUUGUGACUGAGUACGCAGAGGGCCAGUUGUUCCAGAUUCUUGAGGAUGAUGGGAACUUACCGGAAAACCAGGUGCGUGAGAUCGCCUGCCAGCUGGUCUCUGCCCUGUAUUAUUUACACUCCCAUCGCAUUCUUCAUCGUGACAUGAAACCACAAAACAUACUCCUGGGGAAAGGUGGGGUGGUGAAACUGUGUGACUUUGGGUUUGCCAGGUCCAUGAGCACCUCCACCUUGGUGCUGACUUCUAUCAAGGGAACGCCACUGUACAUGUCUCCUGAGCUGGUGGAGGAAAAGCCAUAUGACCACACGUCUGAUCUGUGGUCUUUAGGCUGCAUCCUCUACGAGCUCCACACAGGCACGCCACCGUUCUACACCAACUCCAUCUUCCACCUGGUCCAACUUAUCGUGAGAGAUCAAGUAAAAUGGCCGGACACGAUGAGCGAGACCUGCACGAGUUUUCUGAAAGGUUUGUUGACCAAAGACCCUGAGAAGCGGUUGUCAUGGCCAGAUCUCCUGCACCAUCCCUUUGUCGCUGAUGGUGUUCUAGUGUUGGUGGACACAAAUGUUUACAGACCCCUGACUGUCACACCCAGCCCUGACACGAUGGCGCUUAAACUUCAGCAAGUGGCAGCGAAGACGGUGCUGACUUCUGGACAGAGUAGAUUACUGCGAAAUGCCCGGGAGCAGAGGGACAACAGUGGCAGACAGAAACCAGUAGAUUGUGAUAUAGCUAAAGUUACAAAGGAUGGAGUGGGAAAUGAAAGGGUCGACUCCACGCAAGCAGCAAAGCUCCCCAGAGCCAAGCCCCACCCCAGUUAUGGUUCUGUUACCUCUGGUCACUCUGUCAGAGCUGAAUCCAGAGCUGCCAAUAAAGUCCUCAACCCAAAGUCACAAUCUUCUGUGAGAUCAAAACCCAGGGGUCAGAUCAGCAUAGACUACGAAAAGGAAUUUCUGUCUGUGGAGGUCAGACCACGACUGCUGAGAAAACGCAGUGACAACAAACAGACCAGUCAUAACCUGCAGAAUGUUGACAGUGAGGAGUACUGGGAAAAACUGGCCCGAGAAUCAGAUGAGAGCAAGCAGCAGAGAGAGCAGUUUAACUACAACAGCGUUAUACCUCAAAUUAAAGCCAAGAUUCUGGUUUUUAAAUUUCAGUUAACAGGUGGCUCUGUUGAGGAAGCAUGGCAGAUUCACCAACCGCUGAAGGUCUUGCGCAACCUGCUACUGACCCCUGACCUUAAGAAGUCCAAACACAUUGGCCAGGAACUUGGACUACCCCAUGUCCUCUUUGACGUGGUCCAUGGUACUGUAGAAAACUCAGACUAUGUCAAGCGACCGUGGAGUGUGUCAGCACUGGGAGAAAUUAUCACAGUCCUCGUGAUCUACUGGGAUAAACAUCCUGACUGGAUAGAAGAAGAAGACAGACUGGAAGAGUUCACCAAGCCCUUUCUCGCAAUUCUAAGUCAACCAGACUUCUCUCCUUUGUCCCCUUUGGCUGCGUCUGUCUUGUGUCUUUUUACACAACAUACAGUUGAUGUCAAAGCUGAUGUGAACAAUCUAACCUCCCUGCUGCAAAACCUGCUUUCGGACUCAUAUGAGCCGCUGUGUUCUCUUCCCUCCGGCUGGGGGCUUUGUGACGGCCUCCUGUCUUUACUCCUACACACACUGUCUGAGCAUGAAAAUGACUCUGGAUCGUCAAGUUUAGAUCCAGUUGUGUUUCUGGAUUUGUGGAAAAAAAUUGGAACUUCACUCGCAAAGACAACAGCUGAUACAGACUUCUGUUCGGCAAAUGGGAUGUUUUCCUUUCUGUCUACUGCCUUCUUCGUCUUCAUCAAGGAUCCAUAUUCAUGCAUCGCUUUGUUUUCUGAGAGCGGAUCGAAAUGCGUGUACACUCUCGGUCAACUGCUGGGCACUGACUGUCUUCAUUUGUUUGCUGAUGAUUGCAGUCCCAGGAGAUUUGAAGUGGAUCUGAGUCACGACAGCAUGUCCGCAUUAAGCUGCCGCUUGCUGUGUUUUCCAUUUGCCCUGGACCUGCCUUCACACACUAUGUCCACCAUACUCCAGUUGUAUGACAGUUGUGGUAUUGUUGAAAGCCUCGCGCAGGUUAUUCAAACUCUUCCUCCUCUGCUGUUGGAGCUGCCUCUCUCCCUGCUGAGCCGUUUGCUCCUCUGUGACCCCGAGCGCUCUGUUUCCCGCCUCAGAAAAGCUGCCUGUGGUCUGUUCUUGCCACCCGGGGACGGACGGCUCACUGCUUCCAAACACCAGACUCUGCUAAUCAGAACUGCCAGCUCUCUGCUCCUUGACUUGUUGCAGCCGGAUGAGCUGUGGGACUCUGCAGUGGAGCUCUUAACUCUGUUGUACCAAGUAGCCCAUUGUUCAGCUCGGCCUGCCAGCCUUCAGCUUCACCUGGACCCCUUGGUGCUGCAACGGGCUCUGGCUCACCCUUAUGACCACAUCAGGGUCGCCACGUGCAGACUUUUGGGCAAUCUGGAUCCGUUCAGGCCUCCUACCCUGCCGCCUGACAUUUUCAAAAGCAUGAUAAGCUGUCUUAAUGAUUCGUGCUUGCCUGUACGGCGAAUGGCUUGCAGGGCAGUUGGCAACUGGUUGGGAUAUAUUGCAGCAAGUGCAGGGUUUAAAAUGGGCAGGGACGCUACAGGGUGGAGCAAAGGGAAGAAACAAAACAAACUCAAACGUUCAGACAGUGAGCCAGCAGGAGAUCUGGCUACAGCGGAACAGGAAAUGGACGAUGAGGAGGGUGGAAGUUGGCUGGAGGAAGCCAAGAGGACGGCGGCCCUGCUGGCGUCCCUUAUCGCUGACCCUGAUGCCCUCACACGUCGCCACUGUUGCGUGGCCCUGGGAAACCUGCUAAAUUGUGACGCUGCUGUGUCCUUGUUGUUGGAGGACGUGUCCAGCUUACUUCUGAGAGCUGCAUGCACGGAUUCCCAUAAUGCAGUAAAACGAGCUGCCAUAGCAACUCUGUGCCUUUACAGCAAGCAGGACGCAAUCCGUCAGGUCCUGAUAUCCCUCAACGCCAGUGACAAACUUCUGCAGGCUUCCCAGCAAGCUUCUGCACAGUGUGACUAUCAACAGCUCAUUGGACAGCUGUGAGCGAGUCUGCUUCAUGACCAGUGAUGGCAGGGUGGUAAAAAAAAAAAAACUCUCACUUCUUACUUUACAGCAGCCUGCCACUUCCUCCUGUCUCAAAGUGAUGUGGAAGACAGAUGAUCAUUUCUUCUGUUUUUUUUCUUUAGUGUGUCUUAUUUUAUUUAAAAAAAACAUUAAGUUUGAGUUAAAAGGUGCAAAUAAAAACUGAACUUUGUAUUACUGUAAUCUGAAGUUUAAUUUCAUGACAACAAUGGGUCCAAUUUCAUAAAUGGAGUUGUUACACAGAAAUGAUGGUAGAUGUUCUGUUUAAUAAGAGAGGAAUAUUUCUGAAUUUCAAUUUAAAAUAAAACUCACAAAGAUGCAAUGUUGA